ACUUGCGGAAGCCAAUGACUUCCGGUGUGAACAGACGAUUGACUCGACGAGCUACAUGAUCAAUGUGUUUUGACAGUCUUUUGAAACUAGCUGUCAUAUAAAACAAAGUUACUUCGUGGCCGUUACUUCACAACAUCAGUUCGAUUUUUUCGUAAGUGAUGAUUUAACAGUUUUUACAGUGCAUUAAUUUUAUGUCUUGAAACAUGGGUGAUGCGGCGAAGUUGGCAGGAGUGGAGGCUUCUGCAAUAAGUCUUUUGAAAAGAGCUGUAGAGCUUGAUUCGUCCAGGAGGUUUGACGAGGCAGUUACGUGCUACCAGGAGGGACUGCAGUUGUUAUUAGAAGUACUCAAAGGUACUCAGGAUGACACAAAGAAGAAGAAAUAUCGUGAGAAGAUAUCGGAGUACAUGGCUCGGGCAGAAGAACUGAAGCAGCAUGUCAAAGAUGAAAAAGAGGCUGGAAAAUAUCAUGAGCAAAUCCACAUUGAGGCAAAUUCUACAGGUCACACUUACGAGAACUUGUUCUCUCGCUUCAUCGACAAGUCUGUGUCGGAAAUAGAAGUGGAAGACCCCUACAUCCGAUCCCCUCACCAGGUGUACAACUUCCUGCGGUUCUGUGAGCUGGUUGUGAAACGUGGCCCCAAUGUGAAGAAGAUGAAGCUAAUCACUGGAGCUGAUAAUGAGGGCCAGGGGCAGCAGCAGCGACUACACCAGGUAGGGCAGAGUCUACACCAACAUGGCAUACAGCUGGAGGUAGACUUCUCCACAACACUACAUGACAGGGAGAUCAGAUUCAACAACGGCUGGGUGAUCAAGAUUGGACGAGGGCUAGACUUGUAUAAGGCCACAGAGAACAAGUUCUCUAUAGGAUUCUGUGACUUUGAACUGAGACACUGCCAUGAAACAACUGUUGAUAUUUUCCAUAGGAAGCAUGUGAAAUCUGAGCCUUCUGAAAGCUGACAUGUGAGAGACCUGACCCUCUGACCCUGUCAUGUGCAGUGUCAAGGUCGUUGCGUCUGUGAUACUCAGAAUUACAGCUUCCAUAAUUCAGUGAUGGCGUGAUGCAAUGGCUGUUUUCUGCAUAUUUGUACACCAUGAGUGUUGUGCGAUGAAUGACAUGAUAUCUUGUAUUCUUGUAAAAGUUUCAAUUACAAACUUUAUAUCUCAUAUUCUAGAAAAGGUUUCAAAUUUCAAGCUUUUAGCAACCAGAAUUUUUAAAUGAUGUCAGUGCUUACAUCUGUUAGCUGCCAUGAUCUCCUGCAGAGACCAUAUACCGGUAUAUGGUCUCUGUCUCCUGGUAGCGGUUUCUUCACAACAUCAACAUCAUGAUCAUACCGGUGCAGCACAUGGCUUUAGCCGACAUUAAUGCUGUGAUAGAAAUGAAACACCAAUUGACAGUUAUAUCUUUUUCAAAAAGAACAAAAUAGAUUUUACCAUUAUUUAGGGUAGAGACUGGUAAUUUAUUAGGGGGGGGGGGGGGGGGUCAUGAAAUAAUGUAGACCAAUCUCGAUCCUCUCUAAUACACUGCUCUAAUAAAUGACCCAGUCUCUUAUAACAUGGUAUAAAGCUCUCAAUCUUGAGCCCGUCGAGAUAAGAUUUUAGGGUUUGAUUCCCCACGAGUAAACAUACUUGCCGUAAAAGGUGACUAUGCUUGUCGUAAAAGGCGACUAACGGGGGGAUCGGGUGGUCAGGCUCGCUGACUUGGUUGAUGCAUGUCAUCGAUCCCAAUUGCGUGGAUCGAUGCUCAUGAUAUUAAUUACUGGAUUGUCUGGUCCAGACUCGAUUAUUAACAGACCGCCGUCAUAUAGCUGGAAUAUUGCUGAGUGCGGCGUUAAACAAGAAACCAACCCCACGAGUAAGUUGUGUGAAGCCCAUUUCUGGUGUUCCCAACCAUGAUAUUGGUGAUAUGUUGCUAAUUAAAAGUGACAUAAAACAUUACUCACUCACUCUCUUUAACAAAGUUUCCACUGCAGGGAUUGUGGGUUUGUUGAUGGUUGUAGUUGAUAUUCCAUUAUGUUUAGCUUUGUUUUAAGUUGACACUCAUGUACCGGUAUGCAGGACAGAUGUCUUUGUAUAUAAAGUGGAGUUUUAUUGUACUAGUACUGAAGACUAGCACACAUUUUGAUGUAGGAAAUAAAUAUUUUAUGAUUAUUGUGACAGAUGCUUGUUGCUGGGCAACACUGUUGAACCGAUUCCCUGUUUUAUCACUUUCCAUCCUUGACAGAUGAAUAUAUAGAGGUGCAAUAUACAGAGGUGGGAUACGUAUCUGAACACGCCAGAAAACACAAAGGCCAUGAACUGUAAUACUAAUGUAUUUCAGAUGAGUGGAAAAUGGCAACAGGCUGUUCUUGCUUGUUAAACUUUUCGGAGUCGUGAAAUGUAACAUGGAAUCCAAAAUGGUACAAAAUAGCUGAUUUGUAGGACCUGUGAAGCUCUUCAAAGCUUACAUUUAUUAUAUUUAGAUGGGGUUAUUCUUUCUUUAGGCCACACUUUUUUAAUUUUAUGUCUCACAGAUUUAUUACAGCUUUUCAAAAGAAAGUCGGUUGAAAUUAAAAUAAAAUAAACAGCUAGCUCAAUUAUUUAUUUAUGUGAAAUCAUUCUGCUGUGGAGUAACUGCAGCUGGCUUCUUGAAUCUGUGAUACUGAUGUAGACAUGGAAUUUAUAAUAACAUUUUAUAUUGUGUAAGCAUGGUAAGAGGGCCUAUAUAACUGGCUGGAAUCGUAAAUAAAUUAAAUCUUUUCAUGUUAAAUUUAUUUCUUUUCCCGCUGCUUUUCAGUAGGGGCGGUGUGCCCGUGAAAUGAAAAAUAUAAAUUGUGUGGUCUUAAGUAAAUAUAUCGUCAUGUAUCACUAUAAUGGUCCGUAUGUAUUGUGUACCAUUUCAGAAGGCCAUGUAUUCAGGUGCAUUGAGAGUUUUAGUGUUUCACCCAUUUGAAUAAAUCAUAUUUUUGAUGACAA